CACGGCUAGUGUCGUCGGGUCGGUCAGCCAGCGUAGAUAGGCGCGGAGACUAUACCCAACUUGUGUAUAUAUAUAUAUAUAUAUAUAUAUAUAUAGCAUAUAGAGACAUCAUCAUCAGCAGAGCUCGCGAGAGUGCGACGACCAGCUCAUAUUCGGCGGGGGGGCGUCGAUGUUGACGGUAUAGGUACAGUGUGGUAUGGACAUCGCCGAAAAGUAACAGUAUAUAUCAUCAAGUGCCGACGGCGACGCCACCGCGAGAUAACGCGAACUCGUGCUGAACUAAAAAGUCUGAAUACGUGUAUAUACUCAGUGCGAAGAGCUGCGGAUAUAUCUAGAACGACCUGUCGCGGCUGUUUCUGUCGUGCUUCGGCAAUCGUCGUCGCGCGAUAGAGGUGUGCAUGUAUAGCAGGAGCGACUUGAUAUACAAAAGACAGCUACUGCUAAUAUAUAAAGCUUACUAAUGCAGUCGUAAGCCUCCGCGUUGUUCUCGGCGGGCGCGAGCGACAAUCUGUUUUUCUCCGCGCUAUCAACAAGAGCAGUGCAUUGCAAUCUCGGAGGCUGAUCAGCUGGGGGAUUGUGCGACUUGUGUGCGAUACAUAGUGCGUCCUCGUUUCAUUUAUUUUUUCUUUUUUCCAUCUUCCGAUCUCCUUCUUUGCAGCGGCGACAGUAGUGUCCUUCCAGCCGCUCUGUGCGCCGCGUGUCCUUCUGCUACGGUUUUCGUGCCUCUCUUCUCUCUCUCUCUCUCUCUCUCUCUCUUUCACCGCAGAGAUUUCUGCGAAUUAAGAAACGCUCGCGCGGAAGCAGUUGCGCUUUCGACAGGCCGUGGAAAAUGUGCUGUUGCAAAACCUAACCUCCGCCAAGAGCGAGAGGGAGAGAGGGAAAGAUUAUAUCUCCCCCUGUCGGGGCCAAUUUGAUAUACGUGGAUCCAUCGAAGAGUGAGAGAGAUUAUUGGACAGAUAUAUCUGUGGAAUAAAAAAGAGAGCAGCCGGAGCAACAUGUUAAAAUUGGCGCGCGCGACUCAACGCGCAGGCAGCAUACCAUAGAAAUUCGGCUCGGAGCAGUCGAGCCUGACCGACACACGCAAACACACACACACACACACACACCCACACGUGGACGGAGUAGUCUGAAAAAAUAUGUGCAAGCAUGUCCGAGAGCUGCGUGCAAGAAGAAGCGUGCGAGGAGGCGGAAAAGGAGAAGCGCUCCGCGCUCUACGUCUUUCCGAGUAUUGUACCGGCUGCUGUGCCGCUGGUCGCGGGAACGAGUCAACAACAGCUGGAGAUGAAGAGGGAUGCUGUUAUUCAGCCACAACCACUGGCCAUAGAGGCGCUCGACAGUCAGGCCAUCGACUCGAUUGCUCAAGCUCCCCAGAGCAUGACCCAGCAGCAGCAGCAGCAGCAGCGAGUUGGUCUGGAGACUCCAAUCUCGCGGAUAAUGUCGAGUCGCACGCACGCGAGGUCAGCCAGCCACGGUGGUAUGCUUGCAAGCUCCGGUGGCGGUGGGACGCCCUCGCGUCCGGGCAACUCCAACUGGAUGGGUGCACCGGGUCCGACGCCUCGACCUUCAGCCCUGAAGAAGCCUGGCCAUCAGCGAGCUUUCAGUCAGGGUCAAGUGGUGGAGGUUCAACGAGGUCAGCCGGUCAGUGGUCACAGUCGGGUCGGCUCGAAGACGGACUUCAUCCUGCCACCCGGACACCGAGAGGAGGGUCAGUCGAGCGGAGGAGCUACCGCUGGCGGAGGUGCGGCCAAGGCGCCGUCGUUCCGAGGCCACUCGAGGCAGGCCUCAAGGUCCGAGUCGAUCUACACUAUUCGACGUAGCGCCGCGCCGCCCUGGUGGAGGCGCGCCUGGGCCAGGUGCUUUGGCUCUCUGCCGGAGGAGCCACCCUUGAGAACCAUAGUGCCCAACCACCUGCUGCCGCCGGACGCGCCGCAAACCAAGCAGAUUCACGCGAGCAGCGUCGACAACAGGGUACGCACAACAAAGUACACCACGCUGAGCUUCCUGCCGCGCAACCUGCUGGAGCAGUUCCACCGGGUGGCCAACCUCUACUUCAUCUUCAUCGUCCUUCUGAACUGGGUACCGGCGAUCAAUGCCUUCGGCAAGGAAGUAGCCAUGAUCCCGGUUGUCUUCGUGCUCGGUGUCACCGCGCUCAAGGACUUCUUCGAGGAUAGACGGAGACUCGCCAGCGACAGGCGCGUCAACAAUUUCACAUGCCGCGUCUACGCCAGGGAUGGCGACAGAUACGUCAAAACAGCCUGGAAGGACAUAAAGGUGGGCGAUCUCGUGCACUUGUCGAACAACGAGCUGGUCCCCGCCGACGUGCUGUUGCUGCGUAGCAGUGACCCCCAGGGUUUCGCCUACCUCGACACCUGCAAUCUCGACGGCGAGACGAAUCUCAAGCAGCGACAGGUGGUCAAGGGCUUUCUCGAUAUCCAGAGCUCCUUUCAGCCGGCCAAGUUUCGUUCCAUCAUCGAGGUCGACAAACCUAGCACUAAAAUUUAUAGAUUUCAUGGCGCGGUGGUGCACCCGAAUGGAGCUAGAGUGCCGGUGUCGACGGAGAAUCUCUUACUGAGGGAGUGUCUUUUGAAGAACACGGAUUUCGUCGAGGGAAUCGUCGUUUACGUUGGCCAUGAGACGAAAGCGAUGCUCAACAAUGGGGGUCCUAGAUACAAGCGUUCGCGGCUGGAGAGACAGAUGAAUCUAGACGUGGUCUGGUGCGUGGUGAUCCUGGUAGUGCUGUGCAUUGUCGGAGCAGCCGGCUGUAGAUUCUGGCUGUCCGCGUACACGUCGGUGGGUCCGGUGCUCUUCCUACCCGUCAUACAGGACCCCUCGUACGAGGGUAUGCUCACCUUCUGGACGUUCGUCAUUAUUCUCCAGGUCAUGAUUCCGCUUAGUCUCUACGUGACCAUCGAGAUGGCGAAGCUCGGUCAGGUCUAUCAUAUAUCGUGCGACAGUGAACUGUACGAUCCCGAGACCGAUCGAACUGCCGAGUGUCGAGCGCUCAACAUUACCGAAGAGCUUGGUCAAGUGCAGUACGUAUUUUCGGACAAGACGGGUACCUUGACGGAGAAUAAAAUGAUUUUUAGGAGAUGUGCUGUAGGCGGACAGGAUUAUGCGCACACUGGGGAGGGGGAAAAUUUAGUUCCUUGUAUAAGGUUAAAGGAAGACUUGCUGAUAGGAACCUGCCGGCAUAGACUUCAAGAAUUUCUUAUCCUCUUAGCAAUUUGUAAUACAGUCGUAGUUAAUACUCAUCCCCACCACGAUAACAUGAAUUCGAGUGGUGUCAUCGAAGAGCCACAAAAUAAUGGUGCUGCCGACCCCACAAGGUAUUUUUUUAACAAAUAUGUGAGACUGACAGAGUCAAGGAGUGUCACGCCAGCUCCUCCCGAAACAACAUCUCCCGCUCUACCUCAUUCUUCGACUAUCACACCGCCAAAUUCCGAAGAGAUUUUCUCCUCGGUAGCUUCUAUGGAAAUAACGGAGUCCGAUGAAUCUAGUGUUCUACGCAGUAAAAUCUCAAGGCCAAAGUUGUUAAACCUGCCAACUAUGACAAAUCUUAGCAUGUUAACGAAAAGGCUUUCGCCUCUGGGUAUGCGAAAUAAUUCAAGCUCUGUGCCGGAGAGGAAUGGCAGAUCGCUUUUAGAAACGCCUAGUACUCCAGCGAUAUAUGAAGCUGAGAGCCCCGAUGAAUUAGCUCUUGUUCAUGCUGCGAGGGCAUAUAACGUUCGCCUUACAAGAAGAACUGCUCAAAGUGCCAUUGUUUCAUUGCCAGAUAAAUCAAGCCUUGCAUUUGAGAUCUUAAAAACAUUGCCAUUUGAUUCGAAUCGAAAAUGCAUGUCUAUCGUGGUAAGGCAUCCUCAUACUGAUGAAAUAGUGCUAUACUGUAAAGGUGCUGAUUCGGCUAUACUAUCAGCUUUAAAUGCCAACGAGGAGGAUUCGACGAUAACGACAAAAGUCAGACAGCAGUUGCAUUCGUAUGCUCGUCAAGGACUUCGUACGCUGGUCAUGGCGAGAAGAUCACUUACCGCUCAAGAAUUCGAAUUAUGGACGCAAAAGCACGCUGAAAUCGAAGCGUGUCACGAGAAUAGGGAGCGAAGAUUGCGCGAAUCUUAUACCAGUCUCGAGAGCCACCUGACCCUACUAGGUGCUACAGGAAUAGAGGAUAAGUUACAAGCCGGUGUACCCGAAGCCAUGGCAAGCCUAGUAUCAGCUGGUAUCGUCGUGUGGGUGUUGACGGGAGAUAAACCCGAGACGGCGGUAAACAUAGCUUAUUCCGCGUGCCUCUUCACACCAGCAAUGCAGCUGUUGCGUCUGCAAGCGAGAUCUAAGUCGGUAGCCGAGAGCCUGAUCCACGGUCACUUGGAAGCGAUUCAACGUGAGAAUGCUGCCAACGCAGCUGCCGCAGCGGGCGAAAGCAUACCGCACGAACUCGAUCCUGCCGAGAGACUCGCUUACAGGAUCGGUAGCCCGUGGCAACGACAAAGGGCUCUCGUUGUCGACGGUAAAACUCUUACCUUCAUUCUCGAUCCUAGAUCUGGACUGACUGGGCCGUUUUUGGAUCUGACUAGAGCAUGCUCGAGCGUCUUAGCUUGUCGUGCCACUCCGUUGCAAAAGGCUUACAUCGUCAGGGUUGUAAAGGAGCAGCUUCGAAUGCGAACUUUAGCAAUCGGUGAUGGUGCCAAUGAUGUUAGUAUGAUCCAAACGGCUGAUGUUGGAAUCGGAGUGUCCGGUAGAGAAGGCACGCAAGCCGUCAUGGCAGCUGAUUUUUCUAUUGCGAGAUUUCCUAUGUUAACACGACUCUUGUUCGUACAUGGCCAUUGGUGUUAUGACAGACUUUCUAGAAUGAUCCUAUACUUUUUUUACAAAAAUGCAACAUUCGUCUUCCUCAUUUUUUGGUAUCAACUUUAUUGCGGGUUUUCCGGAACUGUAAUGAUCGACCAAAUAUAUUUGAUGUUAUACAAUCUCAUAUUUACGUCACUGCCGCCGCUUAUCCUAGGUGUUUACGAUCAAAUGGCUCCAGCUAGUCUUCUCAUGGAAUUGCCUAGAUUGUAUGAAAGAGGUCGUUUGGCCUCCGUUUAUCAACCACAUUCAUUUUGGGUGACGAUGGCUGAUGCUCUUUACCAGAGUAUCAUUAUAUUUUUUCUUACCGAAGCCAUCUAUCAUGAUUCUGAUGUAGAUAUUUGGGAAUUUGGCACAACUAUAACAUCCAUUUGUAUUGUUGUAAUGCUGUUACAUAUUAGCGUUGAGACAAGGUCAUGGACAUUAAUGCACGUAGCUGGAAUGGUAUGUUCCGUUGGUGCAUUUUUCGGCUUCGCUCUUAUCUACAACGCAGUUUGCGUCAACUGCAUGGGCUUGCUAUGUUCUUACUGGGUGAUGGAGGUAGCUAUUGGCCGAUAUAUUUUUUGGUUGACCAUUAUUAUUACUUCCGUUCUUGCCAUACUACCAAGGUUGAUAUACCGAGUUGUAAAAAGUACCAUUGCCCCUGAUAUAAUACAAAGAGCAAAUGUGGCCUACAUGGAAAAAAACGGUAGAUUCACGAAUCGAAGAGGAGUUGGAAGUGGUGAAAGCGGGCUAGUUGCUGGCUGGUCGCGAUCCACUCAAAACGCAACAAUAAGAGCAGGAAGCUACACUUCAAAGAAUAACGUUUUAACGACUGUUGUUGCGUGACAUUAACAUAUUUUACGAUCCGGUGCUAAACGAUAACACGAAAUAGAGAAAAAAAGGGCAACAGACAGCAGGUAUAAAGUCAUUAGCUAUAUCGACUCGAUGAGUCAAUCUGCCAAGAAAAUUUUUCAAAAUGAACAUCUGUUGCUGUGUGAUAAUAUUUUCUCGUAAUCGUAUCAGUGCCGUUAUUGUUAUUACUUAAGUCAAGUGGCCUUUAUCACAGACUGCUGUUGAUUGCAUUUAAUGGCUGUGAUUUUUAGGGACCAAGUCUUUUAGUCUGAGAUGCAUUGCCUGUUGAAUUGCAUAUAGAACAGAAGAGCUAAGAAUGUAUCAUUUUAAUAUUGUAUAAUGGCAGGAUGUAAAAAUGGAACGAGUCUAACGAUUUGUAAUCUGUGAAGUGUUAAAAGUGACAGUAGAUUGUUGGUACGGUGAAAAAGGUGUCGCGAAACUGUUAAUGCAAAAGAUAGCCUGCAAUACUGCAUGCUUUGUUAUUUUAUUAACGAUUAUAGUUGAAACGUUCAAGGCCAUCAUGCGCAUGCUCGCAAACAUUUAUAACAUAGGUGUAUACAUAUAGAUAGUCUAUGUUAAACCAGAGUAUUAUUAUUUUCAACUAUCGAUAUGACGAGGUGAAGUAAGAUAAAGAAAUUACGACUUUAUUGCACCUAUCGAUGUCAGUGCAAAAAAAAUCAAUUUAUAGGUAAUUAUAAGCAAUUAUUGUACUGAAAUGUUUCCUAUGAAUACAGAAGUAUACAUAUAUUUAUAUAAAAAGAGACUUACUUUUUUGGCCUUUACACACCGAUCGCUCGUCUUUGAUUCUGUGCCAACGUUGAAUCUAUUAACGGGAUCUUUCCAACCGUUUCAAUGAAAUUCUUGUAAAAACACAUUUGCUGAUAAAGACUGUCAAUUUAACUAGUUGACGCGUAUAUUAUCUACGACUGCAUUUUGAAAUAUUUCGUGUACUAUGCGGUCUGUGCAAACAAUGAGUGUAAAAACUUUUAUCUUUCCGCAUAAUUAAGCUGCUCAAUGCAACGUUAGAUAACGCAGCGGUAUUUUCUAUGCAACCUCAAUAAUUGUAACGAAAGUGUCUAAAAACUUAUUCAUGAAUUAUUUUUGAAUUUUAUAAAGCUCCUAAUAAAAAAAUUUUACGUACAAAUUUUAA